AUGACCACUACCAUUUCUCAUCCUCCUCUUCAUGUCACGGCCAAUUUGGAUGACUAUUAUGACCAGACCUUUGGCGACUGGCGAGAUGACUUUUUCCGAGAUGGUUAUGUUGUCUUAAAGGGCGCUAUUCCCAAGGAUCGUGCCCUUGGAUAUCGACAAAAGAUGCUUGAGUGGAUCACAGGCUUCAAUAAAGGCUUGGAUCUGGAAGACCCCUUCACCUGGACAGAGGGUCACCUGCCUCAAAGCUUCAAGGCAGGCAUGUACCUCAACUACUGUGCUGCUCACGAAAAGUAUGUCUGGGAUGCCCGCCAAGAGCCCGGCGUUCUCGAAGCCUUUGAGAAAAUUUGGGGAACCAACGAACUCACCGUCUCCUUCGAUACCAUCAACGUCACAUUUCCCAACCGCAAAGAUGUGAGCUGGUCUCCAUGGCCUCAUGUUGAUCAGGCUCCGGAGCGCAAGGGCUUGUCCUGUGUACAGGGUAUCAUCAACCUGUCACGUGCUGGGCCUGAUGAUGGUGGCCUUGUUCUCAUGAAGGGCUCCUCUCGACUGUUUGAUGAGUUCUUUUCACUCAACCCUCCUGAUCGGACCCAGGGUAUUGGAGCCAAACAUUAUGACUUCUACCCCUUCAAGGAUAAUCAGCUGCCUUGGUUCAAAGAGAAGGGCUGUGAGCUCAUCAAGGUCUGCGCCGAGCCAGGUGAUCUGAUUCUUUGGGACAGCCGCAGCAUGCAUUUCGCAAGAUUUCCUGAAAGCAACGAGAUCCGCACCAUCAUAUAUGCGUGCUACACGCCCGCUGCCUUUAUGUCUGAGGAGGACCGCAAGAAGAAGAGUGAGAUCUUCAAGAAGUGGGAAACUACGACACACUGGCCUCACUGUAACUUGCACUCGCACGGCAAGGCUAUGGUUGACGGAAAGAUUGACCCCGACGAGAGAGAUGAGCCGCUGGAGAAGCCUAAGCUGACUUCUCAGCUACUUCGUCUCGCUGGCGUGGAGAAAUAUUGA